AAAUUCUACCCUAAAGCCAAAAAAAGUAGUCUCUUAUAUUACUUAAGGGAGUGUAAUCUUGACAACAAAGUAGAUUUACCUAUUCAUUGUAUGAACAAAUAUUAUGAAAGGACAUUAAAAGAAACUAAUACCACAACGGCUAAGCAGAUGCGUGAAGGAGGUUGCAAGUAUAGCAUUUAUAUCAUUAUUCGAUACGCAUUAUUUGCAAUAGGAAUGAAAGUGCAUAAUCUUUUAAGUGCUAGUGCAUGGCAGGAAGAAAUUUUAACCAGUACAAUUCCAUGUGAACAAACGGAAACAGAAAAAUACCCUGGAGCCUAUGUUUUCCUACUGGUAAAGAGUCUCAAAAAUAAACAACCUGUAACUGAGCGUGCUGAAUCUCUAAAGAAAAGUAGUAAAAGGCUUCAUGAAAUUAAUUUCAAAUACAAUGCAUUAGCAGGCAGGGUAACAUCAGCUGGUCAGCGAAAUAUCAAGCUUAUUGCCGAUCUUGUCAGAAGUAAAAGGUUCAGUGUAAAAUAUGGGGAUACAGAUUCCUUAUACCUUUCUAGAAUGGUGAAUAUCUCUAUGCAAGUAAUAGAAAGACUUCGUGAUAAAGUUAAUGACUUUCUCAGAAAUGAUAAUGGAUCAUCUUAUCUCAAAAUAGCGUAUGAGGAAGUCUUAUUUCCAGUAAUAUUUACUGAAAAGAAAAAAUACUAUGGCAUACCACAUAGAAGAGAGCCUAACUUUAAUAAUAAGCUUUUCAUUCAAAGAGUUGAGAUUGUAAAGCGGAGGCAGUCUAAACACUUUCGUGAGGUAUGUAAGAAGGUCAUGAAUGAAUCUAUGAAGGUGGAUAAUUCACGUACCUUACAUCAGAUUGUAAAAGACAUGCUCAAAGAGAUCAUAAAUGAUAUUUCACAGAUAGACCUUAAUGGAAUGAUAAAAACUGCUGUAUGGAAGCCCGAUAAAAAUAACAAGAGUGUCUAG